CGAACACCGGUGGGGGGUAGGGAGGAGGGUGGUCUUAGCCUCUGCACCCUGAGGUCACCAGCGGCGGCAGCCGUGGCUAGAGCAGCAAACAGCAACAGCGAGCGGGACGGAGUUAGGACCGCUCGGAGCGCCCAGGUCUCGAGGUAGUAUAAGGUUUGCAAUCCUUCCACUUGCUGGCAGUUGCAGAAGAUCUCCUUUUUAAGUGAAACGUACAUGCCACCCCUCCGAGGGCUGCGGCUUCCCUGGGCUGCUUCUUUGCUUCUCCCUUUUCUGGCCCUCGCGCUCACUCUUUAAUUUGUCUGCGCCCCUAAGUUUGCCAAGAGCUCGCUUUCGGCUGGGAGAAGGGUCCCGGCCAGGCGCCGCGGGCGGGGGCUGGGGACCCGGGAACCGCAAUCCAGAAGCAUCGUGGGCUAUGUAUAUUUCAUCAAACGGACUUUGGGUGCGUCGCGUCUCGCAGCCAUCAACACUAUGUGCAGUGACAUUUCUGACUUGAGUGGAGGAAUGCGCGAAGGAAGCCCGGGCGAAAUUGGUACUAGAGGAUCUUCUUGGCGCCAAUGCUAAUUGUCCUGAUUUAUGUCCCUUCUGACUAAGCUCAACGUCUUCAUCUGAAAUAAAAUGAAAGCGGUGCCAAGCGGGAUAGAACCGCCUGGCCGCUGGUUCUGAUCCCUGGGAAUCAGGAAAUCGUCCUGCAGCUUAAAAAAAAAAAAAAAGAAAAAAAAAAAGAAAAAAGAAAAAAGAAAAGAAAGAAAUAGAAAAAAGAAAAAAAAAUCCCUCAGUAAAAGUUUAAGGCGUGAAGUGGCAGAGGCAGCGGCGCGAGGAGGCGCGGAGAGCCGGCGAGCGGAGAACUGGGCUGGCAAGACCUCCGAAGGCUGCGAUUUCAUUAUUAAUAUCACUAUAUUUUUGGAGGGAGAGGCACCUUUCUCAUCCUCUCUUCCUCUCCGCCCACCCCUUCUCCCUCCCCCUCAUCUACCUGUCAAAGUCACUGAUCUUUUGCAUUUCGGAAGAGGACGUCAACGGGAAGGAAUUCCCCCUCUUGGUGCGGGCUCCAAGAGGGGGAGACGCGCUGCUGAGGCUCCCCACCGGGGCGCGAGGCGAAGGGUGUAGGUGCCAGAAGAAAAGGAUGAUUGAUGGGAAACAGACACCGGAUGAUAGACGCACAUCGUUUUGCUUCCGAUACUGAUAUCUCAGCGGUGCCUGGGCAGCCCUUGUGAACCGUGAGCAUUGAGGAUCACUCAGGGUUAUCGGAUGUACAAUGGGAGAGCCAUCACUUUGCUAAAUUAUUAUCUGCUAUUGGACAUCUUUUACAAAAACCAAACUUGAUAUGUUCUAGGACGACGAAAAUGCUCCAAGUUGCUGUUAAUGCCUAACACACAAGUAUGUUAGGCUUCCACCAAAGUCCUCAAUAUACCUGAACACGCACAGUAUCUUAAUCCUUCACAUCUGAUUUUGGAUUCUGCUUUUGAGGUCUGAUCCUCUUUUUUCUUUUCUUUUCUUUUCUUUCUUUUUAAAAAUAUACAGACCUAUCUACAUAAAGAUAUACAUAUAUAUAUAUAUAUAUAUAUACACACAAAUAUACAUAUAUAUAUAAACAAAUGUAUAUGUAAAAUAGACAAAGAUUACAGAUAAAUCACGAAGAUUGCAAAGAAUUUAGAAAUGUAUUUGUCAAGAUUCCUGUCCAUUCAUGCCCUUUGGGUUACAGUGUCUUCAGUGAUGCAGCCCUACCCUUUGGUGUGGGGACAUUAUGAUGUGUGUAAGACUCAGAUUUACACAGAAGAAGGUAAAGUUUGGGAUUACAUGGCCUGUCAGCCAGAAUCCACGGACAUGACAAAAUACCUGAAAGUGAAACUGGAUCCUCCGGAUAUUACCUGUGGAGACCCUCCUGAGUCCUUCUGUGCAAUGGGCAAUCCCUACAUGUGCAAUAAUGAGUGUGAUGCAAGCACCCCUGAGCUGGCACACCCUCCUGAGCUGAUGUUUGACUUUGAAGGAAGACACCCCUCCACAUUUUGGCAGUCUGCUACUUGGAAAGAGUACCCCAAGCCUCUCCAAGUUAACAUCACUCUGUCUUGGAGUAAAACCAUUGAACUCACAGACAACAUAGUUAUUACCUUUGAAUCAGGGCGUCCAGAUCAAAUGAUCCUGGAGAAAUCUCUCGACUAUGGACGAACAUGGCAACCCUAUCAGUAUUAUGCCACAGACUGCUUGGAUGCUUUUCACAUGGACCCCAAAUCUGUGAAGGAUUUAUCACAACACACCGUCUUGGAAAUCAUUUGCACAGAAGAGUACUCCACGGGGUAUACAACGAAUAGCAAAAUAAUCCACUUCGAAAUCAAAGACAGGUUUGCAUUUUUUGCUGGACCUCGGCUACGGAAUAUGGCUUCCCUCUACGGACAGCUGGAUACCACCAAGAAACUCAGAGAUUUCUUCACAGUCACAGACCUGAGGAUAAGGCUGCUGAGACCAGCUGUUGGGGAAAUAUUUGUAGAUGAGCUACACCUGGCACGCUACUUUUAUGCCAUCUCAGACAUAAAGGUGCGAGGAAGGUGCAAGUGUAAUCUCCAUGCCACUGUGUGUGUGUAUGACAACAGCAAACUGACAUGUGAAUGUGAGCACAACACUACAGGUCCAGACUGUGGGAAAUGCAAGAAGAAUUAUCAGGGCCGACCUUGGAGUCCAGGCUCGUAUCUCCCCAUCCCCAAAGGCACUGCAAAUACCUGUAUUCCCAGUAUUUCCAGUAUCGGUAACUGUGAAUGCUUCGGCCACUCCAAUCGAUGCAGUUAUAUCGAUCUGCUAAAUACAGUCAUUUGCGUGAGCUGUAAACACAACACUAGAGGGCAGCACUGUGAGUUAUGCAGGCUGGGCUACUUCAGAAAUGCUUCUGCACAGCUGGACGAUGAGAAUGUGUGCAUAGAGUGUUAUUGUAACCCUUUGGGCUCAAUCCAUGAUCGUUGUAAUGGCUCAGGAUUUUGUGAGUGUAAGACUGGAACGACAGGGCCUAAGUGUGAUGAGUGUCUGCCGGGAAAUUCCUGGCACUACGGCUGUCAACCGAAUGUCUGCGACAACGAGCUCCUGCACUGCCAGAACGGGGGGACGUGCCACAACAACGUGCGCUGCCUGUGCCCGGCUGCAUACACUGGCAUCCUCUGCGAGAAGCUGCGGUGUGAAGAGGCGGGCAGCUGCGGCUCCGACUCCAGCCAGGGGGCGCCCCCGCAGGGUUCCCUAGCGCUGCUGCUGCUACUGCUGCUGACCACGCUGCUGGGAACAGCCAGCCCCCUGCUGUUCUAGAUGUCGCAUCCAGCCAUCGGACAGGCCUGUGCCCUGGGGAAGCAAACACAACCCAAGCAUUUGCUACUAACAUAGGAAACAUAAACACACCCCCCACUCAAAACACAGCGUACAAACUAAGAAGGCCUAACUGAACUAAGCCAUAUUUCUCAGACGUGGACAGCACAUCGGAGUCAAGACUGUUAAUUUCUGACUCCAGAGGAGUUGGCAGCUGUUGAUAUUAUCACUGCAAAUCACAUCGCCAGCUGCAAAGCUUACUGCGGAUUGGAAAGGCUGUGACAGCCCCCCCCCCCCCAAACAGGAAAGACAAAAAAAAAAAAAAAAAAAAAAAUUUGCUACUCUAAUGUGGUGCGCCCUCGUACCGCUCUGCCCGGUGUGUGGACCAACCAAAUAGAAGCAUUCUUUGCUGUCAGGUGCAUUGUGGGUAUAAGGAAAUCUGUUACAAGCUGCCAUAUUGGCCUGCUUCAGUCCCUGAAUCCCUUCCAACCUGUGCUUUAGUGAACGUUGCUCUGUAACCCUUGUUGGUUGAAAGAUUUCUUUGUCUGAUGUUAGUGACGCACAUGUGUAACAGCCCCCUCCAGAAGCGCAAGCCAGUCAUACCCCUGUAUAUCUUAGCAGCACUGAGUCACCCAGUGCGAGCUCAUACCCACUACACAAGAGUGGCUAUAGGAGAAAAGAAAGUGUAUCUAUCCUUUUGUAUUCAAAUGAAGUUAUUUUUCUCGAAAUACUGUAAUAUGUAGAUUUUUUGUAUUAUUGCCGAUUUGUGUUACCAGACAAUCUGUUAAUGUAUCUGAUUCGAAUCAGCAAAGACUGACAUUUUAUUUUGUCCUCUUUCGUUCUGUUUUGUUUCAUUGUGCAGAGAUUUCUCUGUAAGGGCAACGAACGUGCUGGCAUCAAAGAAUAUCCGUUUACAUAUAUAACAAGUGUAAUAAGAUUCCACCAAAGGACAUUCUAAAUGUUUUCUUGUUGCUUUAACACUGGAAGAUUUAAAGAAUAAAAAUUCCUGCAUAAACAAUUUCAGGAAUUUGUAUUGCGAUUUCUUAAGAUGAAAGGAACAGCCACCAAGCAGUUUCACACUCACUUUUACUGAUAUCUGUGUGGACUGAGCACAUUCAACUGAUGAAUUUAGUACCCAGGAAGAUGGAUUGAUGUUCACUAGCCUGGACAACUUCUACAAAACAUGAGACUAUUGCCACUUGGGAAAAAAAUUAUAUCAGCAAAAAAAAAAAAAGUAAAUAAAUAAAUAAAUAGAAAAGAAAGAAAAAUAUCUAACUGAUUGCCAAGAUUAUGCCAAAGCCUGUUGGCAGAGUACUGAGAGACUUUUAUUUUUGAGUCAUGCUAUUUUCAGGUGGUGGUGAUCAUGUGACUCUAGGGAUGCUGAUCUAUGUAUCUUUCCAAAUACAGUGUUUACAUGGAGUAUCAUAAGAGGCCGCCUGGGGAACCAGGACAGUAGCAGGGAAAUUGAGUGAUUAGCAAUUUGACUUUGAAUAUAUUCAGACUAAGUAUUUAAAUGAAAUAUCAAAAUAUACAGCAGCAACUAGACAUAACUGCUGUUUCUGAGAAUAAAGUUUGCUUUAAGUACCACCCAAGGUGUAAUAAAUUCUUGUUUCUGCCUUUUAUUAGGCCAAUUACUGUGCAAGACAGCAAGUAGAGGCAGGUGGGAAAGAACCUCUGCAAAGGUUCGAAGAGGCUCAAACAGUGCGGAUUCCAUUCAUGGCACACUGUUGUCCUGCGGGUUUCAGAUGUGUUAGCAGCAGCACCUCCUGGAAUCAAAAACAAUUAUCAGCCCUGAGUCUUGAGGACAAUGAAGUCCUACAUGACUUGGUAGAGCAAUAACCUACGGCAGUGUUAGGUCCAGUCUCGAUUCUUAACUCUGCUGCCACUCCUUGAGAAACAGGGAACGUUUUUCUGAUAAAUAACCUGAGUCAAAACUAGAUGAAGGAACAGCAUGUCUUAUUGGUUUUGUUCCCAGAAAAGCCAAUUCAAAAAAGGCAAUAAAAGGUAAACAGGUAAUGCCUGUCCUGCCUGCCACCCCAUGUCUAAGUCGAUUGAAUGUUUGUUAUUCAAACCAACAGUCUCUUUUGAUAGAAGAAAUAAGAAAAGAUGGAAAUAAAUUAGAGCUUUGGCUUAGUGCCAGAGUGGCCAACCAGAAAUUGGAGAUUUACAUUAGAAGCAUAAACAGAAAAUUAUAUUUCAGGCUCACCAAAGAAUACACAUGAAAAUUCUGCUAGCAUACAGAGUUUGAAAUUACUUAUAAUAAGGUGGAUUUCUAAUAUUAAAAUUGGAAUUUAAGUUGUCUUAUACUUUAUUAGCACAAACCAAAGGCAGACUGUGUUAUUUCUGGCAAUGAUGCACUUUAUCAUUAUCCACUGAUGGCUUUGUCACAAUGCUCAGGAAUCAGACACUGCACAAUUCAAUAUGUGGGAUUCCAAAAGCUAAUUCUAAAAUUUAAUGAAGGUCUGAUCUAAAUCAAUUCAUCUGCAUUUAUCUUUAUGAGAGUAUAAGAAUCUAAAUUGAUGAGGAAUAUCUUGUGUUCAGUGUAUUUAGAUGUAGUUUUCUGAAUAUCCUGAAGUGAUGUGAUCUGCCUUUAAUAAAAAUUUCACUUUUAGGUAUAUAACAAAUGGAAAUGAAAUGUUCUUUUUAAUCUGGAUUCUCACGUUCUUUUGAAAAGCCUAUUCCUUUGAAGAAACCCCAACUUAGUGGAUUUUACUUAUCUGCUGCUUUCUAGCAUCCUUUCAAAUCUGUUUUCAUCUACAGUUUUAUGUCCCAAGAACAAGGUUGGGAUAAAGAGAGGGUACUGAGUUUUCCCUCCAUCUUAGAUCCUAGUUCUUGCUCUGUUUCUACUUGGAUAGGUACAUAGUGGUGGGAUAAUAUAGUUUUGCGUAUGAGUUCUUCUGUUAACAGUUUCACACAGUGAAAAUAUGAUUCUAUCAAUAGUACUGAUGAAUAUAAAAUUUCAAAAAAAUGGGACAAAGGUUCAGCUAUAUAGAGAGUGUUGCUAUUUAUAGAAAAAAUAAUGAAUCUUCCCUGCUGUGAUAUGGCAAUGAUUCAUUUCAGACCCUGUACAUGGCCGCAGGGAGAACCUAAGUUUGCUAAGUCCUGGCAAAGAGGGAUCCUUGCUUAGAGGAGCCCAGGCUCACCUUCCUCUAGCUUUGUCCCGGUCACUUAGCCUACCCAGGUAGCCUCCAUCCACUCUUUGGGCAUGGUGAGCUUUCUCUGGAGGUCCACGCUCCUAAAAGUAGGCAGCAUCAUGAUUGCACACCCUGGACAUGAGGGGUGGCAAAAAGUCAUUCAGUACCCAGGCCUGGAGUAUUCCCUGAGGAAUGCACAUGUGACCGAGGAGAGACCCCCUUCAAGUGAAACGCAGAGCACCAAAACAUGGGCCUGGAAGAGGCAGGGUUGAGGUGUGGAGGGGAGAUAUUGAUCUUGGAGCAGUGUAAGGAUUCUAAACCUAUUUCUGGGCUUUCAACAGCAAUGAAAACAUAUGUGUCAAAGUAGCCAAAUUGGAUAUUUUAUUCAUAAGCACUCUGUUAGCUUAAUGUGUAAUUUCCAAAUAUUUAGGCACAUGACAAGUGGGCCUCCAUUAAUACUUUGGCCCUGGGCUCUGUAAAUGUUUGGGGUGGAUCUGCCCAAGGUGUCCUCGAGUUGGGUCCCUAAAAUGGCACCAGACAUUGGCCCAGGUAAUACAGAGAAGGGUACUGGCUGGAAGAAGGGCACUGACCACACCCGACUCUCCCUGCCAUUUGUGCUCUGCCUCACCCUGUCUUGAAUCUCUGAGUUUAAAUACUUUCAGAUGAACUAGGGGCAGCUUUGAGGAAAUCCUGAAAUUAAAUCUUUUGUUCCUUCUCCUUCACUCUCCACCAUCAAUAACUCAGCAACAUUGGGAUGUGAAGACUUAGCAUUCUGAAAUGGGAUGCUCUUUGCUAUGUGGAAAAUGGGUUGUUGUACUUUACUGUUGUUAAUCACCAAAUAAAAUAUCUAUUUAACAGUU